AUGUCGGACUCACUACACCCGCCUCCUGCGUUCCUGGCUAAGACGCCUGAGAAGGUAACUCAACAGUUCAUACGCGAAGUAAGAGACUCGGUCAAUCAUGCUAUGCAAUUCAGACCGUACAGAGUGACUCAUGUCAUCGCAUUCCACUGGGAAAACGAUAAAAUGAAUGUUCAACAGCUCGAAUCAGAUCUCCUUAGGACUUUCCGAAACAAAUAUGGCUUUCAGACAACAUCUUUCAAAAUUCCGCUGGUUGAGUCACACCUCAAACUUAUGAAUCGCUUGUGUGACUGGUCUCGAGAACGUCAAGGGGAUGAUGUUCUCAGAAUCUUCGUCUACUCAGGCCAUGCAGAUGUUGUUGGUUUACACGUCACAGAGUGGAACUUAGCGGGUCGCUCAGAUCAUCAUUCUGGCAUGUUGCUGGGUCCUAAGAUUGACUGGUGGUCGAUCCGACGGCCUAUUGAGCAGUACUCAGGUCAUUCGUGCUACAUUUUCGAUUGCUGUUCUGGAGGCACUGGGGCAUUACGCCACUAUGAUGGGGCGGAAUUCAUGGCGGCGCGUGCUUGGGAACAAAAUGCGACAGCGGAUCCCAGAUUCUCGUUCACGAAAAUUUUGAUCGAUACACUUAAUAGUCUAGGAGGUCGGCCUCCGACAUUCGCCGCGAUUUACAGUCAAAUCUUCCGCCACGCUCAAACUAAUCGAAUUGGAGCCUGCCCAGUCCAUGUCCCGAAGACCGGAUCUUGCAGUGUCACAAUCGGUCGAUCUAUGGACUCUCAGAGAAUUACGAGAAGCAUGGAACAAAACAGCUACCGAGUUUUGAUCAGCGUGAAAGUUCGGGGGGAUGUUCAACAAGAUCCUGCUCAGUGGUCUGCAUGGCUAACCCAAAAUAUCCCCAAGGGCAUUCUUUCCACCGAUGUGGUCGUUGAAGGCGCAUUUCAAGGCUCUGGUCUCGUGCUUUUAACUGUCCCCAUUGAAGUCUGGACUAUGAUGCCCAGGAAUGAUACGGCGUACAAGUUCAUCGCGCACGUUUCCAGUUGCAACAUCUUGAAACCAGCCCGUCCGACCGCUCUUCCUAUUCGUUCCCCGCCACCGUCCGGUAAAGAGAAUGUCCAAGGAGCACGCUAA